CGGACCUGCGGCCGGCGGCAGUGGAACGGCGGCGGCCCCACGGAGCCGCCGGCAUGAGCGCCCCGCGCCGCCCCGCGGCCCGGGCCCGGCCUUUCUGACAAGAGCUAGCCUUUGGGCUCCUUGAGGAUAUUCCAUUUUGUGCUUUUGAAUAUCCUCUGACCAUAUUCAGCAUGAAGUAACAUUUUUAAUGAUUAUUCUCAGCAGGACAGGUGUGAGAGGAUUGCUAUUGUGUUACAAUCAUGGUGCAGAAAUACCAGUCACCGGUGAGGGUGUAUAAACACCCCUUUGAAUUAAUUAUGGCUGCCUAUGAAAGGAGGUUUCCUACAUGUCCUUUGAUUCCAAUGUUUGUGGACAGUGACACUGUGAAUGAGUUCAAGAGUGAAGAUGGGGCUAUUCACGUUAUAGAAAGGCGCUGUAAGCUGGACAUAGAUGCACCACGGCUGCUGAAAAAGAUUGCAGGAGUUGAUUAUGUUUAUUUUGUCCAGAAGAACUCAUUGAAUUCUCGGGAACGUACCUUGCACAUUGAGGCCCAUAAUGAGACCUUUUCUAAUCGCGUCAUCAUCAAUGAGCACUGCUGCUACACUGUUCACCCUGAAAAUGAAGAUUGGACCUGUUUUGAACAGUCUGCAAGUUUAGAUAUUAAAUCUUUCUUUGGUUUUGAAAGUACAGUUGAAAAAAUUGCAAUGAAACAAUAUACCAGCAACAUUAAAAAAGGAAAAGAAAUAAUUGAAUACUACCUUCGUCAGUUGGAAGAAGAAGGCAUAACAUUCGUGCCCCGCUGGACUCCACCUUCCAUUGCUCCCUCCUCAGAGACCUCCUCAUCAUGCAAGAAACAAGCCGCGUCCUUGGCUGUUGUGGUUCCAGACACUGCCCAGGCAGAGGGGCUGGCCAGUGAGGCCCUUGGCACCCCCACCGGGCCGCCCGAGCCUGUGGCAGGGACCCCUGAUGACAAACUAGAUGCGGACUACAUCAAGAGGUACCUGGGCGACUUGACCCCACUACAGGAGAGCUGCUUGAUCCGGCUUCGCCAGUGGCUCCAGGAAACCCACAAGGGCAAAAUCCCGAAAGAUGAGCAUAUUCUUCGGUUUUUACGUGCCCGCGACUUCAAUAUAGACAAAGCCAGAGAGAUCAUGUGUCAGUCCUUGACUUGGCGAAAGCAACACCAGGUGGACUACAUUCUUGACACCUGGAGCCCUCCCCAGGUCCUCCAGGACUACUAUGCAGGAGGCUGGCACCAUCAUGAUAAAGACGGGCGGCCACUGUACGUGCUCAGGCUGGGGCAGAUGGAUACCAAGGGCUUGGUGAGAGCCCUCGGGGAGGAGGCUCUGCUGCGUUAUGUUCUCUCCAUAAACGAAGAAGGGCUGAGACGAUGUGAAGAAAAUACAAAAGUCUUCGGUCGACCUAUCAGUUCAUGGACCUGCCUGGUGGACCUGGAGGGGCUGAACAUGCGCCACCUGUGGAGACCUGGCGUGAAGGCCCUGCUGCGCAUCAUAGAGGUGGUGGAGGCCAACUACCCAGAGACACUCGGCCGCCUCCUUAUUCUUCGUGCUCCCCGGGUGUUCCCUGUGCUCUGGACGCUGGUUAGUCCAUUCAUUGAUGACAACACCAGAAGGAAAUUCCUGAUUUAUGCAGGAAAUGACUACCAGGGCCCUGGAGGCCUGCUGGACUACAUUGAUAAAGAGAUCAUUCCAGAUUUCCUGAGUGGGGAGUGCAUGUGUGAAGUGCCCGAGGGCGGGCUGGUGCCCAAGUCUCUGUACAGGACUGCGGAGGAGCUGGAGAACGAAGACCUCAGGCUCUGGACCGAGACCAUCUACCAGUCGGCCAGCGUCUUCAAAGGAGCCCCGCACGAGAUCCUCAUUCAGAUUGUGGAUGCCUCUUCAGUGAUCACUUGGGAUUUUGACGUGUGCAAAGGGGACAUCGUCUUCAACAUCUACCACUCCAAGAGGUCGCCCCAGCCUCCCAAAAAGGACUCAUUGGGGGCGCACAGCAUUACUUCCCCGGGAGGGAACAACGUGCAGCUUAUAGACAGAGUAUGGCAGCUGGGCCGUGACUAUAGCAUGGUGGAGUCACCUCUGAUCUGCAAAGAAGGAGAAAGCGUGCAGGGCUCACACGUGACGAGAUGGCCGGGCUUCUACAUCCUGCAGUGGAGAUUCCACAGCAUGCCAGCGUGCGCCGCCACCAACCUGCCCCGGGUGGACGAUGUGCUGGCCUCCCUGCAAGUGUCGUCUCACAAGUGCAAAGUGAUGUACUACACCGAAGUGAUCGGCUCCGAGGAUUUCCGAGGCUCUAUGACCAGCCUGGAGUCCAGCCACAGCGGGUUCUCCCAGCUGAGCGCCGCCACCACCUCCUCCAGCCAGUCUCAGGCCAGCUCUAUGAUCUCCAGAUGGCGAUUUUGCUGACAGCUGCCAAGAAAACGCUUCCCUCCACAGUCCACCUCAGCCCAGGGUGUUUGUAGAACUCUUUGAGUUGCAGCCACUCCCCCCUCCCCCAGUCUGAAGACGUGUUCGUUUUAAGUUGCCUCAGAAGUGGCACUGUCUUGUUCCCAGAGAGUCGAACGCGUCUCUAAGAGUUCAAAGCACAUCACUGCGCAGACGCCUGCAGGGUUCCUCCUGAGUGACACGGCGCCUGGUUCUCUGGUUCUCCUUGAGGGGCCGCGGGCACACGGACCUGGACUCUGCCCCUACUGUCCAUGCCCUGACUUCUCACACUCCGCCUUUCUUCUGCACUAAGGGUUCUUUUGGUCUCCCCUCUAUUACUAGUGUCUUAACUCACUUUUCUUCCUAAAUUCAUUAUUUGCAUAUCAAAUUCUGUAAAUGUUUUGUAAACAUAUUACCUCACUCUUGGUAAUACAAUACUGAUAGUCUUUAAAAGAUUUUUUUACUGUUACCAAUAAUAAAUGUGAACUGUUUAAAAAAGAAAA